CAUAGCUCCUCCACAUCAAUGAAUUAAUCAGCGCCGCUUCCUGCCACCUGCUGGGCCGUGCAUGCUCACUCGUCCUGCCUCCCAGCGACUGGCAUCGACCGCCGCUGCCGCUAAUGACAAGGUUGUCCUAGUCUUCUGUGAGUUAUCGAUGUACUACUACUGCUCGUACGCCGGCUCGCGGGGCUGCACUCCCGGCUAGACUGGGCUGCCUGCGUGUGCCGGGGAGUGUAGGUGGGGGUCAUGCGCCCCUCCUUCUCCGGCUGCUUUUCUAUGCAUGCGCAAGGAAAUGCAUUGGUGGUGAUAUAUUGAGCCAAUUUAUGCUGCUGGUGCCGGGGGUUAGCGUGGGGAACUUCCCUCAUCCUGCUUCUUUAGUUAUCGUUGUUGUGUGCACGGCGUUAAAGGGCGUGGUGGCAAACAGCAAGGCAUAAAGGAAAGCAGUCUUCUCCUUGCGUAAUCGAGUACACGGGUUCUCGUGUCUUCUUUGUAAACUUGAUUAUGAAAAAAAGUCAUAAAUGGAAGUGCAUGUCAUGCAUAAAACAUGUAACGCUUAAUACGUUAUAUAGAUUCAUACAUUAAAGAUCUUUAUGUCAUUUGCUUUGUGUACCUGAAAGCUCAAAAUUAAACUCUCGUUCAUGAAUAUUAAGAGGCUUUUUCUCGUAAUGAGCAAGUGUUCUAGUGGCUGAGGCGGGCCUGUGGUGCUCACGGCCGUGAAUGGGCGCGUGACCUCGUGUUCUGAUGCUCCCGGUGACGUCACGAAGCCCGGGCCGCGGCGGGACUUGUCAUGUGUGUGUGCAGGGGACCACCGGCCACCGUGGUCACCUUCAGGUUGCCAGGGUGGCUGCCCACUUUCAUUUUACGUAGUAAUUUUCGUUAUUUAAUUUCCUACAUCUGCCGUGUAGCGUGAAGAUCGAUGAACACACGCUGAUAGGAACGCGUGGAGCGUUAUCAGGGUAACUGAGGGUGUCAAGCGGAGCAUGUGUGCGUGAGGCGCCGUGCCGUACACACGUUGGGCCGUAGUGUACAAGAGUGGGCGUGUGUGGUGCUCUGACGACGGGCGUGUGUGAGGCGAGCCUGAGAUCAAUGUUGCGCAGGAGAGGCCGCCCCCGCGCAUAACAGUGGACUCUGCCGCCGCCAUAUUGAUCCGGGAGGCCGUCGCCAGAGCCGCGGCCGAGGUGGUGGCAGCAGCUCCCUCUCUCCUCCACCCUGCCGCAGUGCCGCCGCCUGUACAGUGUCUCUUUGGCCCGUGCUACGCUGUGAUGUUUAACAACAAUAGAGUUUAUUACGGAUAAGUUAACUUGUGACUAUGUUCAGUUUUGCGAACAAAAUGUUAAACGCCCUUGUGGGUAAUGAAGAACCCACGUCCGGGACAGCAGGGGGCACCAGUGUGCCGGGGGCGCCGCGCCCCCAGGGUCCUGGCCUUAUGAGGAUGGGCGUCCCAGGAGGACCUCGGCCCCCUGGGGCGGGCAUGACAGGACCCAGACCGCCCGGACCUGGUGGGAGCAUGGGCCCCGGUGGUGGCAUGGGACCCGGUGGACUUGGUGGACCAGGCGCCCCAGGCGGACCAGGAGGACCAAUGGGUGGUCCAGGCGGGCCUAUGGGUCCCGGUGGUGUGCGGGGACCCAGUGUGUCAAUGGGUCAAGGUGGUACAGUGGGGUCAGGGGGAUCAGCAGGCCCGGGGGGCCCAAUGGGACCUGGGGGCCCUAUGGGGCCAGGCGGCCCAAUGGGUCCCGGGGGUCCAGGAGGGCCGAUUGGUCCUGGUGGUCCCAUGGGGCUGAACGGUCCCGGAGGACCAGGUGCUAACAGACCACCAGGGCCAGGCAUGGGUCCAAGACCUCCAGGAAUGGGGGGGCCCAUGGGUCCCAGAGGCGGCAUACGACCAGGACCACGAGGAAUGCCGCCCGGGAUGGGCCCUGGUGGACCCCGGGGCAUGCCACCACCAGGAAUGGGCCCUCGUCCAGGAAUGGGUCCUCUUGGACCACGUGGAAUGCCAAUGAAUGGGAUGGGAGGGCCUCGCGGGCCCAGGCCUGGCAUGAUGGGUCCCCCAGGCAGCCGCGGCCCAGCGCCUGGCCCAGGAGGCAUGCCCCCCGGCGGUCCAGGAGCUCCAGGAGCGGCGCCGGCCAUGGGAUUGGACCUCCAGCGACCACCUCACUCAGAGCCGGGAAAGCUUGGCCCAGGCGCCCCCCACCAAAACCAGAUCUCCCAACCCUCAGGGACGCAGCCCCUUGGGGCACAGGUCAUGGGAACACAGCCCAUGGGCACGCAACCCAUGGGAGGCCAACCAAUGGGAGCCCAACCAAUGGGAGCCCAGCCUAUGGGUGCUCAGCCUAUGGGUGCCCAGCCUAUGGGUGCCCAGCCUAUGGGUGCCCAGCCUAUGGGAACCCAGCCCAUGGGGGCCCAGCCUAUGGGAGCCCAGCCUAUGGGAGCCCAGCCUAUGGGAACACAGUCUAUGGGAGCACAAAAUGCAAUGGGUUCAAUGCAAGAUAAUCAUAAUAAGAAACUUAGUGGACAAGACCUUUUGAACCAAGCUCGAGGGACAAUGGAUAAGAAGCCAGGAAUUAUCAGACAAGGCUCAAUGGGGCGUGACCCACAGGGCCAGCUCGGGGGUCUUAGUGCGAGUGUGGGUGGUAUGGGCCCCCCGGGGACAGCCCAGCAAAGGAUGGGCCAACACGGGGCCAUGGGCCAGUCCUGGACCUCACAAGGGCCACAUGGCCCGAUCUCUCAGGGCAUGACGGGGACGACCACACUCCCUUCUGGUGCUCGAUCGCAAACAAGUGCAGGUGCAGCUGCAGCUGCAGGUCCUGGCGCCCCGGACGUGGACCUGAGUCAGCUGAGCGAGGAGGAGCGAGCCAUCAUCGAGAGUGUCAUGGAGAAGGCCAAGGAGAUGGAGGGACACGAAACUCCGACGCGUCGGUAAGUACUUGACUGUCCUCAGCCUUCCCCCUCCCCCCUUGCAGACUCACGUGACUGAAAAAUCCAUAUGAGUAUGCAUCAGAGACUUAAAAUAUUCAUGACUCACGGGCCUGUCUCGUGAAUCCUUCCCGCUCCUGUGUGUUGCCGCGCCUGUGUUUGGGUGAGGCGGCGGCGGUGAUGUAAUGCCGCGUUACGUAGGCGGUCACUGACACUUUGGCGCGCGUCCAGUGGGAUUUUCAUAACGUUACGGAUCGUUGGGUGAAUUGUAAUUCCCCUAACGGAACACAGGCUAACCGACACUUUGGAGUCUUCCUCACGGUGGCUGGGUGGAUGUUGUUGUUCCCGUCACCGAUGGGCCUCGACGGAGCAGCCGUAAUCUUCUCUGAGCCAAAUGAACCGGCGGAUCCGCUUCAUUUGUGGUUAUCCGCGAAAUUAAGCGCAGGUUUUGCCAUCCUGGGGACUAAACGUGCAUGGAGGGGGCGCCGUCAUCAGAAUGCUAAUGAGUCUGUGUCUUCCUGGCGGGACUCAAGUGUCUUGCGGGGCGCUUUGUCUUGCAGGAUGGCAGUGCAAGCCAUUGCCUCCCCUUUCUUGGGGUUAUUUUACCGGCAUUGCGAUGUAUUACGUGAGAAUUCCCUUGAGGAGGAGGAGGAGGAGGAGGAGGAGGAGGAAUACUGCUAACAUCCUGAGUCAAGGGUGAAGGGGUGAGGGUAACUUCCAUCAGAUGUGUUAGCCUAGAAAGGGAGGUAACUUGAGGAUAAGGAUAAGGGUUAUGUGGAUGGUUUGUCAAAAGUAAGAAUAGUAUGUUAUGUUUGUGUAAGUAAUGGGAUGGGAAUGAAGAUGCUGCGGUUUCUGUCUUUCGUCCUGGACAGUUGCGCGUAUUGCUCCUCGGCCUCGGCUGUUUUGUGGGUCAGGUCACGCAAGAAAAUGAAAAUGGUGGAGUUUUCUCUUAUAUAUUAUUUUAUUUCUGCGGCAGGCAUGCUUGGGGUGCUAGCUUUGCUUUCGUGCGCCGCCAACCAACAAACCAACCACAUUCACAGCCAGCCAGGCAGCCAUUCAGCCAGUCAGCCAGCUAACCAUUUUUCACAUUCAGUGCUUCUCUCUG